UAUAAACCCGAAAUAGAGAAAAAACGUUCUCACACCUGAAACCCGUUUUCUUACUGGUUUUUUUCCUUUCAAAAUCCCAAACCCUAAUUCUACAGAUUUCAAUGUUCCUUUCAAUUUUUCUCUGCUAAUUUCUAGGGUGGCCAGCCCAAUUCAACAGCAAACUCAUCUAUUAGAUUAGUCCUUUCAAAACCUGAUUUUGUCCCUGCGUUUUGUUGAUUCAAAUUUCCUUCUGAUCUUGGUGUUGUUCUUUCAAGAUCCAUUAUUCAUGGCGACAUCUUAAAUCACCCUUACUUUUAUAAAUUCAAUCAAUUACUUAGGUAUUAUUUCAAAAUAUAUCAACGAGUUUUAGAUAAGAAUUUCAAUAAGAAGCAGACGUGGUGGCUUUCCUCUUCAUCCCUCUUUCGGCGGUGAAUUUCUUUCUUCUAGAAUGUAUGGUAUUUCACAUCUUCCUACUAUGGGUUAUCAAAUCAGGUAUUUAUGAUUUCGUACCAUAUUGGUUUUUAUGAAGAUUGGGUAAAACCAGAAGUUAUUUUGCUAUUGGAUAAUGUUUAGGCUAUCAUUUUUACAAAGCAGCUGCCUGGCUCUUAUGUACACUUGCCAUUAUUUUGAACUACAAUUUCAAUACCUCUUUCAUUUCAAACAUCCUGCUUCUGUGCUGUCUUUGAAAGUUCCUUUUGUUGAUGUUCUCUGACAUGUUUGUCUCUCGUUCUGCAUAAAUCAAUAGGUCCUGUCAUUACAAUCUCAACAUGAGUUUCCCCUAUUUAAACCUCNNAUCCCUGAAGAAUGCACUCUACCUAGCUCCAACGAAUUACAACCCAAACUAUUUGCACUUCAAACCUUUCAAUGUUAUUAAACUGUUUUUUACCCUUCUUUUUCAUCAUGCCUGCUGUUUGGAAUGGUGACUUAGAUCAACUCACUCACAUGCUUCAAGCCUCCAUGAGACUAGACACUAGUAGAAACCUUAAUAUCCAAAACCCAAAUGCCCAUCAAAAUGUCCCUCAUAAUCUGUGGAGAUAUUGUCUUAUUGCGGUUUUUUUUACUCUACAUGGUGUAAAUGCAUGGCAUCUCAGAUGUGCAUUGAGGAAAAAAUGGAGAGUCGGAGGAGGUAUGUCUGUGAGGCAAUUCGAAGUUGAAUAUUAUCUUAUCAGAUUUCAGAUUUAUCAUGAAUUUGUUAGAGUGGUUAGACAUGGGUCUCGAGCUAUUUUGAAUGAUAUAUUCAUGAUUAGUGUUUGGCAUGAAGACCAAGACUUCAGACAAAUUAACCUUACUCAUGUUGAGCUGAACAUCACUAUAAGAGGAUUAACAUUAGAACAACUUGAAGACUUUGAUGAUGUUAGAGGAUAUGUGUUCCAUGUAGGAGAAAUUAUUGCUUUUGAUCAGCCUAUUUACACUCAGCAAGGUACUUAUGAGAUGACAGUUAAAGUAUCAAUGAAUAUCUUCAACACUUUAAGAGAAAACACCAUCGCAGACAAUGGAAGAGGAGGCUUAAACACACUCACCUUUGAAUAUCACGAUUUACCUUUCAUUUUUUGCGAGUUCUGCAGAAGGCUGGGUCAUAGACAUGAGGACUGUGCUCAAAACAGGCAAGCUCAGAACCUGGUACAAAAUGGAUAUCAACUGCCUGCUACACCAGCCAUGUACCCUCCUCUACAUCAACAAGAAGACGACGAUGAUAUGGAAGAUUUAAUAGGGAAUGCAGAUGAUGAACAUGGAUUUUUUAAUGAUGACAGUGAUACCUCAAGUACCAGUAGAAGCAACCACUCUGCAGCCUCAAACAAAUAUGAAAUCAGCAUUACAGAUCAUAAUGAAGCUAUCCUUCCCGAAGAGGAGAAACAUAUAGCAGGUAUAAACCAGGAAAUUUCACUACCACUUUCACCUCCUUAUGUUGUAAACCCCCAUCUAUGGGAUGAGUUCGGUUUUUAUACCCCAGAACCAAAAGAAACAGUUGAUCUCCCAAAUCCCUAUGAACUCACAUGGGAAACAACCACCACAUCCUCUGCCAAAAGACCAAACCCUAGCCAUUACAUCUACUCCUUCCUUCCUGAAGAUUUGGCAAAGUUUGAUCCCAUAGAGUUAUAUCCAGCUGCAAAUACUGAUCCUUCGGCUGCUUCAUCCUCUAGACCUCUUAUCUGGCCUACAAUAGAUGAUUAAAGAGCCUGGAUGCUUCAAGAACCUAAUAAGAAAAGACGGAAGAUAUUUCAAGAACUGGCAGCAAAACAUCCAACCGUGCUUGUGGACAUCUACCAGGCUGAAACUUCAUCCCCACCGGACUCCCCUCAAGUUAGGCCAGAUACUGUUCCUAUGGAUAUAUGGGCAUGUUUGGGAUAUGAAGAUCAUUCUAAUGCAUAUAUGGAAGAAAUUAAGGAAGAAAUCAGGGAACAACCAUGCAUCCAAGAUCGCAAAGGCAAAGGAAUCAUGAAGAAUCAAUAAACCCACAAUCCCUACUCAAGUUUACUAUGUUUCUCUGACUUGGCAAUUACAGGUUACAAUUGAAGUUAGUUUACUGAUCGGAGUUUGCUUAUCGCUUGGGCUGGCCAGCCGUCUUUGUUCUCUUAUACCUUUAUCUGUUUCUUGUCUAGGAUAGUUAAUUCCUGUUUCUAGAGUGUCUUAGUGUUGUAAUCUCUUUAUUCCAAAGGUUUUUCGUUUCUUGUUAGUUUCUUUAGCUUACUUGUUACUUGGUCUGUGAGUUGUAAAGUAUCUUCAGUUCUGCAAUUUCUUGUGUUGUAAUAGUGUGCAGUGUGAAGUUGAUUUCCUCUGUGUCUUAGUUAUAGUAGAGUUUCAACCUUGUGGCUUUGGUUUGAUCUUCUGAGUCUGUCUCUUUGUAGUUCUGUCGUAGUAAGUUUGUAAUAGUGUGCCUUGUAUCUGAGUGAGUUGUUUGUAAUAAAGGUGUGUUUUGGUA